CCACGAAUGAUUGCAGUCUCACAACAGCAUCGCCAUGCUCUCGAUUAAGUCGCCCUCCGACAUUCGUCCACUCACCUCAUUUUUCCAAGUCCUCCCUCGCUGAAACGGCACCCUUCAUCGCUGGAUUUUCAACUUUUUCAACAGCCGGCUCUCUGCCUCGUCUGGGGUUACGUUACGUUGUACCGACCUCCAUGAAGAUUAGCUUUGAGCGCGCAACUUGACUACCGGUAGCUAGAGACGAACGGUAGAUACGGUAGAGGUGGGGUACCGUACGGCGAAAUCUAGAGGUGUCGACAAGACAAGACGGGGCAUUGAAACGAACAAUGGGAGUCGACGAGUGGGUGCUGUGUGGUUGCGCUCAAACUGCCGACGACAUUGAGUUGAUUAGUGACUACAGCAAGAAGAUAACUCCACUCUACAAGGCGAUUCAGGCACACCAAUGGGCAUCCGUUAAUACAUUCCUGAAAACAGGUUAUUGGAAGAACAAGUUUUUCCGCGACCCCGUUCGACCCGAGAUUCAAGCCAAGACUUGGAUGGUGCGAUACGAAGAUGUCGAAGUAGCUGUCGAUUCACAAGACAGUCCCGUCUCCUCGUCACUGCAUAGUACUAGAAAAGAACGACAAAUAGGCUGGAAACAACUGCCCAUGCACGCCGCCAUCAUCUACAGUGCUCCCGCGAUUAUUAUUCAAAAACUACUGAACCAAUAUCCCAGUGCACUGCGGUGUACCGACAAUCGCGGUAAUCUGCCCAUCCAUUUGGCGUUUCGUCAUGGAUCCAACGAUGCUGUCUUGGCAUUGCUGCUGCAAGAGUAUCCAGAAGGAAUGAACUGUCGAGAAGCGAAUGGGUUGUUGCCGACGGAAUGCGCCACAGAGCUGCCGAGUCCGCAACCCUUGCGAGGAGCUCUGCUUCGAACGGCACUUUCCAAAGACGACAAGGAACGAAGUGCCAGUGUCAAGCAGCAUUUGAAAACCGAACGAUUCUUCUUUGACGAACGACCUACGCCGCCGCAUCGAGGGAAUCUAUCCUCGGGAAGUAAAACAGCCAUCAGUCGGAGUCGAAGUCGUAGCCGAAGUAGAUCUAGAUCUAGAUCGCCCAGUAGUAGUAGAAGAGAUCAGUCGCCCAAUCAACAGUUGUCCCUGCUGACGCAACAAGUCGAGAGUCUGAAAAGUACGGUGGAAACGGCGUUGACCACACCCGCUGCACAACAACAACAACAUGCGGAAAUCGCCCGAUCAUCGUCGGAUCUUCCACUGCAUCUACAACAAAGUUCAUCACAACUGCAGCAUCAACCCAGCAUCACCUCGCAAGAUUCUAUACCUCAUAAUGGUACCAAUAACAACAAUAACCAAUCCAAUCCACCCAGUCCCAGCAGGAGUCAAGUGAAACAAAAGAAUAAAGCUCCACUGUCUCCCACAACACUGGGAACAUUGCAAGAAAUGGUAACGAGAGCACUCAUGGGUGCUCCGGCGGCCGCUCCCAGUGAAAACUCACAAGAGGAAGCGCUACAGGAUCAUCAUCAUCCAGAGACGACUGCGGCGCCUCCACCGGCACCCAUACUCUCAUCACCACCACCAUUUUCCUCGCGAUUCAUGCAGCAACAACAACCCACGUCCACACGGUCCAUGCAGCAACAACCACCGGCGUCCACACGGUCCAUACCGGUACAGCACACUACCCCAAUGUCACAGCAACACCUUCAUUCGCCCCGCCAAGCCAUGAUCACCUCUCUGAUGGAACGUGGUCAACAUUCCUCGAGAAUAUCGGCAGCACCGGAUCCCAUUGCAGGGGACUUGCCGCCGUCACCGCCAAUAUCCUAUCGACCGCAUCAUACCGGUAUCCUUCAACCGCAACAACAACCACACAUGCCAGAGGUGCCACUGCAUACACAAACCACCGCAUCGGCGACGACCUUUGAAGAGCAACAACGGCAACUCGACACGGAAGUGCGCUUGAUGGAAGAAAAAAUGACAAACAUGGAAUAUGCCAUGAGGGAAAUGUACAAACGGGAAAAGACUGUACGAAGGGAAUUGGCAUUGACGCUCAAAGAAGUCAAGCAUUGGAAGAGUCAGGCCAAAAAGGCCGCUACCGAGGAAGAAAAGAAUCGAAUAUUGACUGAAAUGUUGCACGAGUUGGUACCCACAUCCAAUACACCGCGACAACGAAACGUAGACAGCAGUCGCGGUGGUAGCAGUGGCGACGACUACGCCGAAGUGCGCCGUUCGCACUCCACCAGUAACAAUCGGUCCACGAGUACUUCGCCUCGUCGAGCGAAAAAAGUCCUUGUGCUGGUCGAUGGCGAGGAGGAAGAUGUCGACUUUGCCCAUCGUCAACAGGAGCAACAACAACGUCGAUCCAUGGAUCAUGUGGGCAUUUACGAAGAGCGCGAUGAUCCCAUGAUGAUGACGACGACGACGAGGGCAGGCGGCAAUAGCGCCCGCCGAAUCCUCGAUGAACCACCCGCCCUGCCUACACGAAGAGUCAAAUCGGAACGCUACCAGCGACGAGGAUCGUCGUCCGCCGAGGAAGAAGAUACCAAUGGCGCCGUGGCGGCAACAAAGAGUCCCAAUCGCAGGAGAAUGGACCCUAUGGAUAGUGUUCGAGACACUCCAACCAUGAUGCAGCGAGGACCCUCUGAUCCUCCUCCGACGGGAAGAGGACGAAGAUAUAGUUCUGGUACAGAAGAUGAUGAUACUACGGAUGCUGAUACCAACGCGUUUUCACUGUCGCUGGUGGAAAAGGUUGCUGCGCUGCAAUCGGCCAAAGAAACCAAAGCGCGCAACUACAAAUACAAGAGUGGUGCACACACGCACAACCAGUCGAAAAAGCCGCGAGAAGCUCAAGCAGGACAUGGUCGGAAUGGAUACCACGCGACAAGAGACCCCGAAGAAGACGUUACGCCAUCACCACGAUCCCAGAUGGCAGUGUAUCGGCGGAGACGGUAUCAAUGUUCCAGCCGGAAAGCUCCAAUGAGCUAUACAUCUCAUGCUAGUGCGACGACUGUAUCCAGCAAAACUAACAGUACCAUGAGCGACUCAGAAUUCUAUCCUCGAGACUAAAAGAUAGGCUACUAACAACAACAGCCUGAGGAUAUAUCUGUAAGCAAACUGAAUGGGUAAAUUGGUACAACUGGGGGGAAAGAUGCAGUACUGUAGCCUAAUGAUGAUAGAGAGCAACCUUGCGGGUUAUAGCAGCAUACCGUUCUUACU